UAAGAGAUGGUCGCUCAGAAGAAGAAAGAAGCCUUUUCUCUUGUUGUUUUUUAUAAAUAAUGAGAAAUGUGUUUUUAUUUCCUCAUCCUCUGGAAAAUGUAAAGUGACCAUCUGCAGGAUCAAACUCACACUUUGCCUCGCACUCGGCUUGCGCACUUCAACAGCUUGCUUUAUUGGUCCCCAGCUCGCAGUGUCAGCUUCUGACGCAGCCCGAGCACCUAUCCGCGCAGGGGCACGCUGACACCUGACUGCUCCAUCCCUCGACACGCCGGUCUUUUCCAUCACGUCCACUCCGGCUCUGCAGUGCAGAGACAUCUGUGUUUUAUGGAAGCAGAGCCUGUGCAUACGGUCGUGAUCAUGCUGCCUCCGAAGAACUGCCUGCCGAGGAACUACAGCUGCAUAGCUGGACUGUUCGGUAGCCUAGCAGCGGCCAACACGAGGCUGGAAGAUGGGGAUGAUUUUGACCUGAUGAACGGUACAUGUGAGCCCAUUGAGAACCCCGUUGUGGAUGAGAGACCGCGGGGCAGAGAGAUCUUCCUGAAGCCUCCACAGAGUCCAAACCUGCGGCGGAGGUGCAAGUCGCUCCCCACCCCCACAGACAGAGCAAAGUUAGAGAUCUCUCGCAGCAGGAGUCCAACCAGUCAGAAAAAGGUCCGAUUCGCUGACUCUCUGGGCCUGGAGCUCAUAACAGUGAAGCAUUUCGAUGAUACAGAUGAGCCAGAGGUGCCGGAGCGCAUUUGGGCAAAACUCCCCAAAGGACCGCUGCACCUUAAUCAGUUGGACACAAAGUUCCCACGGGCUCCUGCGCACUCUGUGUUCAUGGAGCUGCAGUUCACCAACCCAGGCACUCUCCCCGGCUUUGAGCAAAAAGUGAGGGAGGUGAAAGUCAUGUUGGAGUGUGUGCAGGCAGAUGAAUUCAGCCUCUCUGGGUUUGUGCGCGUGUUGAAUCUGGCUUUUGAGAAGAGCGUCUCUUUGCGCUAUUCUCUGAACAACUGGAUCACAUUUAUGGACAGUCUGGCGUCCUAUGUGCCCAGUUCGUGUGACGGUGACACUGAUAAAUUCUGUUUCAAGAUCGUCAUGCCUACCUCCUUCGACAAUGGAGGCACAUUGCAGUUUGCAAUCAAAUACUGUGUCAAGGGGAAGGAGUACUGGGACAAUAAUAAUGGAAACAACUACAAAGUGCGGCGUCACCGGUACAAGAUGUCCCCGCCGCGAGAGUGGGAGAACGGAUGGAUUCAUUUUAUCUGAGCUUUGUCGUCUGCAGCGGCACGCUGUGUGCGUAAUUUACGCGUAACUGAUCCCGGGUACCUUAAUUAUGACUGUAGGCUGUGUAAGAUGAUUUUUUUCCCUGCCAUUUUCAGCUACAGUGAAAACAAUAACCCUCAGUAACUUUCAUUUUUUUCCCUGCUGUGGUUAUAGAUUGAGUGAUGCAGACCACUUUAAAGUCCUUGAACAGGUGCCGGGUGUUGGAUGCUGUGUGAUAGUUUGCCUUGAUAUCAGGGCUCUGUACAGCUGGGUGCCCUUUGGGAGGGCAUGUUCACGUUAUGUAAUGUAGAAACACGUGCCACGGAAAACGUGCCGGGCAACGUCGACUUCAAGCAUCACUGCUCCUAUCAGGAGAUGAUGAGCGUUUAUUCGGUGGCAUGGAGAUUUUUCAAUCAUAAGUUUGUUUUGCAUGUAUGCAACAAACAUCGUCCUAAUGAGAAGCAGAAAACAUUUCACCUUGGCUAACAUGCCAAGUGAACCUACAGCAGAAUUCUCUUUUUUGGGCUCCUGCAGGCUGGGGGAAAAAUACACAUUUCUGUUGCAGAGUUAAUUGAUUGAUAUCAAUGUAUAAUUUCCCAAUAUCUCGUCACUGAAAGAUGCCUUAUUUUAAGACUUGAUGGGGGGAAAAUGUACAUUGAAUGUUGUAUAGUGUUUUCUCCAUUUGGCUGGAAAAAAGUAGUAGAUGGUCAUCACUUUGAGUUUAAACUAGACUUAAGCCUUCAAGACACUUUAAAUUAAUCUCUCAGUAUCUUUAGGCCCCAAAUCUGCUAAAUAUUACUUCGUCAAAAAGCUACAUUGAAGUCCCAUAUUCGCGACCAUUCAAAAACCACUGUAAUUUGUUUUUACUGUACUGAUGUAAAAAUCGAGGCCUGACCAAAGUCUAAAGACAAUAAGCUUAAAGUUUCCUCGAGAAAUGAAAUGUUCCCAGACUUGUCAAUAUAUAUUCUAUAAAAUGAUAAAGGCCUGGUUUAUAAAGCAUGGGCUUGAACACUCUAUACUAUACUGUGAGGUGAUCGUUCUCCUCCCUGGAAACAUGAUUUUAGUAGCAGUUUUGCCUGAAUACAUUACCUCAGAAUACUUGUGGACACUCUCCUCUUCUUCUUCAGGACUUUUUUAGCAGUCAAUUUUAUAUUAUUGUACAUUUAAAGACUCAAGACACAAUCCUUUGUUUUAUUUCUAACUUUCUUUAUCACAUUUAGUUUGUCACAGAAAGUAUUGUCUGCAGAAAAAGUAGCCUUUUCACCACCACCACCACCACCAACAACAACUGUGUGUUAAUGGUCUCCAAUGCUGUAAGGGUACAUGAUAUUACCCGCAUUAACCACUGUGCAAGAAUAGUGCUGCUUCACCUGAUUGGCUGACAUAUGGAAAACUGUUGUCUGAUUAUUUCUUUUUAUACCAGUAGCCUGAUGUUACACAACCAGCCCGCCCUCUGCAGACUACAUGUUGCAUCCAUAGGUUUAGUCAUUGAUUUACUGGAAAUAAGUAUUUUUCUUCAGGUGUAUUCAAGCUUGCAUGCUGUACACAAACAAGAUUGAUGAAAUGCAAAAGGUCCAACACUUCUUGAUAAUUGUGUGAUGUUUAUGGGUGUGCAGGAAGUUGAGCCUCAAGUUCAGUAGGAGAGGGUAAUAACUGAGGGUGCUUUUCAUUCAAAUGCUGUGUGCUUUUGUUUACAUCAUCGUGGCCUAAGAGGGAAGCUCUCCAUUUAAAAAGGCCAGCAGGUUGGGAUGUGGAAAAGUACCAUCACUUUAACCACUUAGUGUUUGGAUAGGCUCCACUGUCAAUCCAUCAUACUUGCUUUGUGCUAGAUUUUUAAAUAUUAUAUACAGUUUUGCUUUCCCUACCUGCAGCUUUACAAUAUGCAGAGAUGAAUUUAUUUUACCUUUUUAUUUCAACACUGUGGAUAUAAGAUGUCCAGCCAUUGCAGAGCUUACUGUGUGUUAGUUUUGUCUGCUAUGGUCUGUGUAAAUGUUGUAUAAGCAUUCAUUUAUCAAGUCAGAGAAUGCUUACACAAGUACACGGGAGAACAUCAAUACCAAUCAGUCAAUGAAGGCACUGAUAUGUAGUUUUUAAAUGAUGCAAUUUGAGCAUGAACAACUACUGGUCAGAUUUUCUGUCUUUACAAAAAUAACUUACAGUCUGGGGAAGCUUUUCUGAAUAACAUACUGUCCCCAUGUACCAUCACAUGUUACUCUUUAGUUUUGGUGUCAUGAAAGAAAUAGAACUUUACUGUAAAAGCACCAAAUGUAUCGAAGCACGCUAUCUGGUUAUACCACCCUACUGUUGUUAUUGGUGCAUUCCUGCCAUAAAGGAAAUGUAGGACUUCUGGUCUCAUUACAUGCUCAUCCUAAUGAAUGCAAAACAUUUUGCAUCAGCAAUCACUGAUAUAUAGAUGUGUAUGUAAAUGUGUAAAUGUUUCAUAUUGAAUGUCCGCCUAUUACUGUUCUAUGUUGUGUGUAUUUUGAGACAUCUGAAAAGCAGAAUUGAGAGAUCUGAAUGGAGAAAGUUUGUUUUCUGAAGGGGCUGGGAAAUUGAAAGAGCCUAAAUGUGAAAGAGGACUAAAGCACACUUACUAUCAAAUUUAAUAUAUUUAAAUGAUAUUCAGAUAAUAUGAGUUAAGUCUACUUUUAACUGGUAAUAUAAUUAACAGAGAUCAUUUGUCUCUUGAAGAUAUUUUUCAAAAGUGGUUAUUGGAAAUAUAUCCAAAAAUGUGAGCCGUGUAUCUGAAGUAAUUGACUAUUUGAAACCCAGUGUGCAAAACUAUAUGUGCACUCUGCCUUACUAAAAUGUUAGUUUUACUCAGAGACAUGAAGCGAAGCUGGAAGAAUGCAAGUGAUUGUUUGUACAGAGAUAGCGUAAUUGCACGUGGAUGAUUAGAUGGACAGAGGGAAGUGUCUUGGCAAAACAAUUAAAACAAGAAGCACUUUGGUUUUUGAAAACUUUGGAGAUGGGUGACUUAUGAUUGUAGAUGACUCAGUCACAGAAUGCACUACGAGUGAGGACAAGGAAAGGAGCAGGAUUGCAAGUUGCCAUAUAUAUACUGUAUGAAGCUUCUCCUGUGAAUAGCUACUAACCAAGGUGUUUACCAUCCUUUGUCCCAUGUUACUGCUUUUUUUCUCUCUCACUGUGACUGUCAUUGAAAGCCUAGAUCUGUAUUAUUUAUAAUCAUUAUAUGACACUACAUUUAUUUCAGUGAGUUUUUUAUUUUGUAAGCAAAGCCCUGUUAACAUCUUCAUUCAUAUCAUUGUGUUAAUCUGUAUUGAUGCAGUCUAUUCUUGUUUUGGCAGUGAAUGUUAACCAUAUUGGCAUGUACAGCUGAAACAUAACUUUAUUUUUUUGUUUAGUUUUUAAUGUGACCUUUAUUUUGUCAAAACAAUGGUCAAUAAAAGCAUUUGUGAUGGAACACAAA